AUGUGUUCAUUGGAGAAGCGUGGUCGACUUUUCUUGCUGAAGCUCACCGGCGAAGGCGAACACCGUCUCAACCCCACUUUACUCGACGCAAUCCGCUCAGCCAUCAACCAAAUCCGUUCCGAUCCGUCGUCUUCACAAUCAGUCCUCAUCACAACAGCUGAUGGAAAAUUCUUCUCCAACGGCUACGAUCUCGCUUUAGCCGAAAGAGAUCCAUCUCUCCGUUUCCCCAUGGACGCCAAACUCCGAUCCUUAGUCGCCGAUCUCAUCUCUCUUCCUAUGCCGACAAUCGCCGCCGUCACCGGUCACGCUUCCGCCGCAGGAUUUAUCCUCGCGAUGAGUCACGACUAUAUAUUGAUGCGUCGCGACAGAGGUUUUCUUUAUAUGAGUGAGUUGGAUAUUAAUCUCCCAGUUCCGGCGUGGUUUAUGGCUUUGAUUCGGGUGAAGAUUGGUUCUCCGGCGGCGAGAAGGGAUGUGAUGUUGACGGCGGAGAAAGUUACGGCGGAUCGAGGGUUGGAGAUGGGAAUUGUGGACUCUGCUCAUGGUAGUGCGGCGGAGACGAUUGAAGCCGCCGUUAAGUUGGGAGAUGGAAUAGUUAGGGUGGGAUUUGAUGGACACGUGUACGGUAGGAUCCGCGAGACACUUUUAAGAGAGGUUCUUCACACGCUCGGUUCAAAUGAGAGCGCUUCGACUGGGGUGCGAAACAGUGGAUCAAAAUUGUAG